AUGGAUCGCAUUCGAAAGCUUUUUCUCCGAAAUGCUGCUCCUGAAGAAGCACAUGAACCACCGUUACGAACGGGGGUGUUUCGACGUCGACGGAAUUCUUCAAAGACAUCAAAGCGGACACAGGAUAGCACUGAAUCGGGUGUUCGUCGAUCGCGGAACAAAUCGCAGGGCGGUAAACAUACAAAUCGUCGGUCGAGGGGCGGCAGUAUAUCUCACAACAAGAAGUUUCUGAAGAAUAUCGGAGCUAAAACAAAAGAACGAGUGCGAAAGGUUCGCACGUUAACUGACUCUAGAAUUCACGGUUCAAAACCAAGCGAAUUAGUUCGGAAAUCCGUCGAGAACCGUAGUCAGUCUAAAUGUUCUAAUUCACGCCGCAAGGCCGUACAUCCUGAAACAGCAGAAAAGAGAAGGAGAGCAAAAUACGGAAAAGUGUCUGAAACAAAAGUGGAAGAUUUCACAAAAUUUGAAACAGUAUCAGCUGCAGCACGCCCUGCUGUUUCGAAGAACCUAGCACGAGCUAAAAGAAAGCAUAAACAUAGCAAUAGAAACGAACAGAGGGGUGCUGAAGGAAGCGUCGCUAAAGAAAUGGAAAACAGUCUGAUGACAUCAACUCCAAAAAGUCAGACCGGUAGUGGAUGGACAAUAACUGAAGAACAAAGUGGGAUAUCAUCCAGAAAGGAGCAAACGAGUAGCGACCAUCCCGGCUCUUCAAGCAAAACUUACCGAAGCGGUGAACAUCCGAGCCAUUCGCCAGGAAAAACUGAGGCAUCUAGCGAUCGUGAACUGGUUACGGCAAAAGAGGCGGGACCAUCCAUGCCUCAUGAAGAAAGCAAACCUCUCUCUGAUGCCGCUGAAAUCCAUUCUGAAAAUAGCCCAUUCCUCAAUGGACAAUUGGAAUGCCGUGAAGUUAGAAGUGUAAGGGCAACGAAGGAUGAAGAAAUGCCAAGUUUCUCUUUUAUAUGCAAAACAGUGUCCUCUACUCUGCUGCAAAUCCUAGCUCAGGCCUCAAAGCGGCGCAGCGGCGGCCCUGGCCGUCGGGCAGCUAUGGUGGCGAGACUUCGUCUCGGCAGGUUCAACCAUGCCACAAAGGUGUCCGGCCAGUAG